AUGUGGGCACUUGGAUGUAUCAUGUACGAGUCGAUGUGUCUCCAGAAAGCCUUUGAUGCCGAUAGUCUGCCUGCGCUUGUCAACAAGAUUUGCAAGUCCCAAUUCGAGCCAGUCCGCGGUCCGUACUCGAAUGGUUUGAAAUUGCUAGUGCGGGACCUCCUCUCGCUCGAAACAACAACAAGACCGGCUGCAACGGCUGCGUUACAGCGACUAGCCCGAGGCCGAGUGGCGGCUCCAUUUCGGCCGAAACUUCGCGGUGGCCCUGCCCGGUCAACCCUUUAUCGAAUGGAUAUCUCGACAAUGGCUUUAGAAGCAGUCGACUCAAUGCCCACAAAAACACAAAUUCGACAAGUCUCGCUGAGCUCGAAUCAUUUCAUCGCGGUUUGCUCGAGUGGGGAAGUGUUCACGUGGGGUGAGAAUGGGCAGGGACAGCUUGGAUUGGGAGAUACGCAUAGUGAUUACUGUAAUAAGUCACGUUUUUCGAAAUACCGAAACUCUCCGGGUCGAGUGGAAUCGUUGCGGGAGAUGCGGAUCCAAUGCGCCGCCGCGGGCAUGGGUUUCUCUUUCUUUUGCGCUGAUCGAGGCACUUUAUGGGCAUGUGGUGACGGUGGAAUGUGUCAAUCGGGCGAGGGAUCGAAACUCGUCUCUCCUUGCCUUAUUGAUGCUCUCUUUAGCUCAAACGUGCUUGAAGUAGCUUGUGGUGAUGAGCACGUGGUUGUGCUAUGUGAGGGUGGUGGGAUUUGGGCUUGGGGAAGAUCUCAGCCUUUCACCAUAAAGCCUCAACAAAUCGAAAUUCCAAACAACGUGAGCGUUGUGGCGAUUCGGUGUGGACCCGAUGCGAGUGCCUUGAUAACAGUUGACGGAACCCUCAUCGCUUGGGGUGUCAACAAGCACAACAAGCUGAAUCUCGCCAAGAGACAAGGCUUUUUCGCCCGAGAGCCAAAGAACGCAUAUGAGUUCAUCGAAAAGCCCACACUCGUCAAGGGAUUCCCGGCGAGGGUGGUCGAUGUGACGAUUGGAAGACACCAUACAGGAGUGAUUCUCGAGACGGGCACGGUGCACAUGUUUGGCCGGAAUUCGUGGGGAGAGCUGGGUCUGGGUGGGCUUGGCCCUCAGCCACAACCCUGUGCCCAUUUCCCGGUGAAAGGGCUUCUACAGAAAACUUGUUUGCACAUUGUUUGUGGCGAGGGUUUCUCUCUGGCUUCCACCGCUGAGCAAGAGCUUUUCUUUUGGGGCUCGAAGGGAGUUCGAAUCGAAGAAGUUGAACAGAACAAGAAUGAGAAAUGGGGCGAAAAGCGGAAUGGGGUCUCGGUGCAUCAUCUCGUCCCGAAUCCAUCACUCGUCUUGCGAUUAGACUCAUCUCCUUCUUCCGGUAUUUCCAUCGGCAUUUCCGGUUUGGUGGCUGAUGGACGAACGGCAAUGUUACUGAUUGACACCGUGGCUAUUAGAGAUCCGCCACCAACUGCCAACAAUCGAACUCCCACAGUCAGUCAAUCGGCCCAGCUGGCCACGCGGGCAAAAUUCUCAUCGGACAGCGAUCCAACAGCGGUUGCCACUUGGUUACGCCGUGAAAUGGAUGAGGCGACUUUCAUCGCUCAUCGGAGAAAUUCGUCGGCUGGGGAUUUACCGAAGCCCGAAAAGAAAGCCUUCUCCGCAAAGGAGAAACCGCGUCGAAGUGGUUCACUACAGCGGCAACAACACGGACAUACGGUGGUCGGAGUUGAGAAAAAACUCCCAGCCGUCGAUGCUCCACCGAGAUACGAGGAGCUAGCCCCACGAUCACAAAAGAUUACAAAAAGCACAACUUGUUCAAUUUUA